GCUGCGCUGGCAGAUUCCAAAGUCUGCUCAGUGCUCACAGCUGAUAACUUUGCAGGGGCAACACAAGGCCGUGAGAACCUGGGAUCGUCGCACGGGAAGACAAGGCGAACAGUAAACAGGAACACUGUCAAGAAUGAGCCCACCGCAGGAUAGGAGUGGAAGCUCCUGCAGUAAGGAGCCCCUUGUAAAGUGCCUUCAAGCUAAGAAAGACUUGGAGACUGCUAUUGCUGGAAUUGUCAAGGCUGAACAACAAAUUGAAGUCAACUGGAGAGAGGUCAAAGCUCAGAUUCACAGCUGCAUAAGUCGUCAUAUGGAAUGUCUGCGCAGUCGUGAAGUUUGGCUGCUUGAACAGGUAGAUCUCAUUCAGCAGCUCAAAGAGGAGACCUUGCAACAGCAAACAUACCAACUCUACUGGUUGCUGGGACAGUUCAAUUGUCUUAUCCACCAACUGGAACACCCCCAUAGUAAUGACCUAGUCAAUCAGAUUUCUGUGUGCCUGGAGAGACUAGGCAGUCUGACCCUCAAACCAGAAGAGCCUUCCAACCUGAACUUUGAGGCUGAUACAUCUUUCCUUCGCCAGGCCAUCACGUCGUUUGGCUCAAUUAAAACAAUGCAAAUUCCUGAGACAGAAAAUGCCUCCCCUUGGAUGUCAGUGCAGAACUGCACGCUGGCCCAACAUGAACAGAAGAAACUAUUGUCUGGGACGUUGGGUUCCCCACUCAGUGACUGGCUACUUGGAAGCAAGUCUGCUAGCAAUUGCCAGGCUCCAUAUGCUCCCAGCAUCAACCCUGAGGACUGGCUUAUGAAAAAGCAUGUGCCAGAGACCAGCCAGGAUUUAAACUCUUCCAAAGUCUGUUAUUUUGAGGAAGCCUGGGGAAAUCUGAAAGAUUUGGAAAACUGGCUUCUGCAGAAUCAGCAAAGAGAAGAAACUUCUGAAAAAACAGAUUCCCAUAAGCACAAGAGCUCCUAUUCCACCACCGGCUCCUUCUUUUCCACUGAAAAGAUGGAUCAAUUGGAGUUCCUUGAGCAAGAAGAGAUGGACAUUUCUGACUGGCUGCUUACUCCUUCUGACCCAGAAAAUGGAAGUAGUGCCUCAGAAGAGAAAUGGAAAUAUGUGUUUAAACCUUUUAGGGAGGAAUAUAACAUAAAUGAUUGGCUUCCCAAAGCUGACUCCUGCACUAACUGUCAUGGCAGUCAGGCCAAGAGUGUAGAGAUAGAAAACCUCGGAAAUCUUAAGUGCCUGAAUGAGCAUCAGGAUGUGAAGAAAUCACCCACGGUAUCUACCAAUGUCUGGCUUCUACAGCACCCCCAGACUCCAUUUAAAGUGGAAGAUGUGUGCAAAGCUAAUGAGCCAUGCACUAGCUUUUCAGAGUGUGUGUGUGAUGACAGCUGUGAAAAGGAAGCUCUGUGUAAGUGGCUCCUGAAGAAAGAGGGGAAGGAUAAAAAUGGCAUGCCAGGAAACCAGAUACCGGUGGUGAACCCUGAGCCUGAGAAGCCUAAAUCUGCUGUCAACAUCUGGCUUCAUCCCUCCAGGCAGCUUCCAGAGGAGUCAGCUACUACCACAGUGAAAUUGGAUAGUUCAGUGAAGGUUGUAGAACCUCUAAAAGCAUUGCUUGAGAGUCCAUUGACAACCUGGCUAGCCAAAUCAGUGCACAAAGCAGCAAGCACAGAAGGAAAGGCAAACCGGGAGAAAGCAGAAGUUAGCUUCAAGAGUCCUUUUCUAGACCUCCUGGCCCCAUUCCACCUUCCUCUGAAUGUCAACAGUUGGAUGUUGGAAAAUGUCAACCAGCCUCCAGUGGAAGAUAAAUGGCUUCUACGCAAGAAGGCACAAGACUAUGGCCUACCUACAGUUUGUGAACUUUUUGCCUGUAUGAAACUGAAUGGAGAUAGAGAAAAGUGGCUGUACCAGACUCCUUUACAGAAGUGAAGAACCUGAAGCAUUAGAACCACGUCACCUUCCUGCUGAUUGCCACACAUACAUACUAUGUCAUUGCAGUCUGCUGAAUAAUUGUGUUUGUGUCUGACUAGUCUGCUUUAGCUAAAAAACAAACUAUAAUUAUAGGUAACUGAGUUAUGGUGCAGAAAAUGCCUUUGUGUUAUAAAUGACUCCUGAAUAUAGCAGGCCUGCUGAAUAUACGCACACUGACACAAUAGGCAUUUGUAAGAUCGUAUCUUUCAUGGGCCUAUGUGAAGUUUCUUUUAUGGAUUGUCACUUCAAGCAUGUUGAAGCUCAGAGCAAUUGUAAAAUGAAAUGUCUUUGCUGUGAAAUCUGCAUCUCUGGUGCUUGGACUGUACUAUAUAGUGUUGCAGUUUCCUUGCCCAAAAGGUUGCCCUUCAAAUUCUAGAACUUUAUCUUGAGAAGGAUUCCAUCUUUUUCAAGAUAGCUUAUUCCUUAGUUGGAAGCAAAUGUUUGUUAACCUCUGAAGGAGGGCAGUUGUUGCUUGCAUCCUAUGUACAACUCAGCCCAAGGCUGUUAAACGUAUUCUAGUUUUUGAAAGAAAUGUACUGUUUUUGGCCCCCGACACAUGAUGAGAACUCUUAAAUGUGUUUUUGAAGGAAGACCUUCCUGUCAAAUUUUUCCUUUGAAUGAGAUCUUCAGCUAGUGAGAACUGAGACAGAUUUGGCCCAGAUCUUUUUAAAUUGCUUUUGAACUGACAGUCUUUUCAGAGCUGUUAGUCUUUGUGAAUCAAUACACUCUGAAGCUAGUAGGUGCCCAGCAUUUAAUGAGGUAACAAUUACAAUUUUACUAAAACAAUUUGGUGUACAAAAAAGUGGCUCAAAGAUGUCUAUUUUUAGACUAAUUGGCAGUUAACUUAUAUUGUAUAAACUGCUGGUAGUCCUGUUUCCUUGUCUAAUUCAUAGACCAAUACAAUUAUAAAAGGAAACCUCUCAGAAUGCUUAACAAAAAUGGAACUUUGGAUGCUUGAGAGCCUCCUAAUAGGAUGUAAUCCUGUUCAAUACGUUUUCCAGCUGGUGACCUGCAUGGAUCCCACCACCUUUUCAAUCUGUUUUAGAUAGUUAAGGUAACUAUCACCUUGGUAUCAGAGUUGGGAAGUGAGGUCAGAUUAAUUUUGAUCACUGUAGCAGUGG